AUGGCCACCAGCGCUGAUCUUGCCUCCCGCGGACGCACCCGCUCUGCCACCUCCCGGCUCUUCAACGAUGCCCUCAACGACAUGGACGAUCGACGCAUUGCCGACAUCAAGCCCCUGAUUCCCCCUCAGAUCCUCGUCGAGGACCUCCCGCUCUCCAAGGAGGCUGCCCUGACCGUCUUCGAGGGCCGCAACCAUGCUGAGGCCAUCAUCAAGGGCGAGGAUGAUCGGCUUCUGGUUGUUGUCGGCCCCUGCUCGAUCCAUGACACCAAGGCCGCUCUGGAGUACGCCGCCCUGCUCAAGAAGUACGCCGAAGAUUCGGCCGAGGACCUGCACAUCGUCAUGAGAGUCUACUUUGAGAAGCCCCGAACCACCGUCGGCUGGAAGGGUCUCAUCAACGAUCCUCAGCUCAACGGCACCUUCCAGAUCAACAAGGGCCUGCGAGUUGCCCGUGGACUGCUGCUUCAGAUCAAUGAGCUCGGUCUCCCCACCGGCUCCGAGUUCCUCGAUACCCUUACUCCCCAGUACAUUGGCGAUCUGAUUUCCUGGGGUGCCAUCGGCGCUCGCACAACCGAGUCUCAGGUCCACCGCGAGCUUGCCUCGGGCAUCUCGGCGCCGAUCGGCUUCAAGAACGGCACCGACGGCAACAUCGGCAUUGCCAUCGAUGCCAUUCGUGCUGCUUCCAGCGGCCAUCACUUCCUCUCGGUCACCAAACAGGGCAUCUCUGCCAUCGUCUCCACCACCGGCAACGACUCGUGCCACAUCAUUCUGCGCGGCGGAAACGCCGGCCCCAACUACGACGCUACCAACGUGCUCCGCUGUGCGUCGCAGCUGCAGUCGGCCAAGCUUGGUGCCCAUCUGAUGAUCGACUGCUCGCACGGCAACUCGUCCAAGCAGUUCAAGCGCCAGCUCGAUGUUGCCAACUCGAUUGCUGAGCAGCUGUCGUCGGUCAACUCGUCGGCCAGCAACAUUGUUGGCGUCAUGAUCGAGUCGCACCUGGUCGAGGGCCGCCAGAACAUCCCCGAGGAGGGUCCCUCCGGCCUGGUCUACGGCCAGAGCAUCACCGACGCCUGUCUCUCCUGGACCGACACUGUCGUCGCCCUGGAAAGACUCCGCGAAGGUGUUCGUGCUCGCCGAAGCAACCGCGCGGCUGCUGCCGACUAUGCCGCCGUCGAGGCCACCAGUGUCGUCGACGAGUUGUAA